CAGCCGGUGCCCGGAGCUCCGCCGCCCAUGGAGUCUGAGAUGCUGCAGUCCCCUCUCCUGGGGCUCGGGGAGGAGGAUGAGUCCGACCUGACGGACUGGAACUUGCCCCUGGCCUUUAUGAAGAAGAGGCACUGCGAGAAGAUCGAGGGCUCCAAGUCUUUGGCUCAGAGCUGGAGGAUGAAGGACCGGAUGAAGACUGUCAGUGUUGCCUUAGUUUUGUGCCUCAACGUGGGCGUGGACCCCCCAGACGUGGUGAAAACAACUCCCUGUGCCCGCCUGGAGUGCUGGAUUGAUCCUCUGUCCAUGGGGCCUCAGAAAGCUCUGGAGACCAUCGGGGCCAACCUGCAGAAGCAGUAUGAGAACUGGCAGCCCAGGGCCAGGUACAAGCAGAGCCUGGACCCCACGGUGGACGAGGUGAAGAAGCUGUGCACGUCGCUGCGGCGCAACGCCAAGGAGGAGCGCGUGCUGUUCCACUACAACGGGCACGGCGUGCCCCGGCCCACCGUCAACGGCGAGAUCUGGGUCUUCAACAAGAACUACACCCAGUACAUCCCCCUGUCCAUCUACGACCUGCAGACCUGGAUGGGGAGCCCUUCCAUCUUCGUCUACGACUGCUCCAACGCCGGCCUCAUUGUCAAGUCCUUCAAGCAGUUUGCACUACAGAGAGAGCAGGAGCUGGAGGUGGCUGCCAUCAACCCCAACCACCCCCUUGCCCAGAUGCCUCUGCCCCCCUCCAUGAAGAACUGCAUCCAGCUGGCAGCCUGUGAGGCCAACGAGCUGCUGCCCAUGAUCCCAGACCUGCCUGCAGACCUGUUCACCUCCUGCCUCACCACUCCCAUCAAGAUUGCUCUGCGCUGGUUCUGCAUGCAGAAGAGUGUCAGGCUGGUGCCAGGAGUCACGCUGGAUUUAAUAGAGAAGAUUCCUGGCAGGCUGAACGACAGGAGAACCCCCCUGGGGGAGCUGAACUGGAUCUUCACAGCCAUCACUGACACCAUUGCCUGGAACGUGCUGCCCCGAGAUCUCUUCCAGAAGCUCUUCCGGCAGGACCUGCUGGUGGCCAGCUUGUUCCGGAACUUUCUGCUGGCAGAGAGGAUCAUGAGGUCCUACAACUGCACCCCCGUGAGCAGCCCCAGGCUGCCCCCCACCUACAUGCACGCCAUGUGGCAAGCCUGGGACCUUGCUGUGGACAUUUGCCUCUCCCAGCUGCCCACCAUCAUCGAGGAGGGAACUGCCUUCAGGCACAGCCCCUUCUUCGCCGAGCAGCUCACGGCGUUCCAGGUGUGGCUGACCAUGGGCGUGGAGAACCGCAACCCGCCGGAGCAGCUGCCCAUCGUGCUGCAGGUGCUGCUGAGCCAGGUGCACCGGCUGCGAGCGCUGGAUCUGCUGGGCAGGUUCCUGGACCUGGGGCCCUGGGCUGUCAGUCUGGCCCUCUCUGUUGGCAUCUUCCCCUACGUGCUGAAGCUGCUGCAGAGCUCAGCCCGGGAGCUGAGGCCUCUCCUGGUGUUCAUCUGGGCCAAGAUCCUGGCAGUGGACAGUUCGUGCCAGGCCGACCUGGUGAAGGACAAUGGGCACAAGUAUUUUCUCUCAGUCCUGGCAGAUCCCUACAUGCCAGCUGAGCACAGGACCAUGACAGCGUUCAUCCUGGCUGUGAUUGUCAACAACUACAACACGGGGCAGGAGGCGUGCCUGCAGGGGAACCUGAUAGCGAUCUGCCUGGAGCAGCUGAACGAUCCCCAUCCGCUCCUCAGGCAGUGGGUGGCCAUUUGUCUGGGCAGGAUCUGGCAGAACUUCGACUCGGCCAGGUGGUGUGGAGUGAGAGACAGCGCCCAUGAGAAGCUCUACAGCCUCCUGUCGGACCCAAUCCCAGAGGUUCGCUGUGCUGCCGUUUUUGCCCUGGGCACCUUCGUGGGGAACUCGGCAGAGCGCACGGACCACUCGACCACCAUCGACCACAACGUGGCCAUGAUGCUGGCCCAGCUCAUCAACGAUGGCAGCCCCAUGGUGCGCAAGGAGCUGGUGGUGGCCCUGAGUCACCUGGUGGUUCAGUACGAGAGCAAUUUCUGCACCGUGGCCUUGCAGUUCAUAGAGGAGGAGAAGAAUUACCCUCUCCCUUCUCCAGCUGCUCCAGAGGGCGGGAGCCUGACCCCGGUGCGGGACGGGCCCUGCACGCCGCGGCUGCGCUCCGUCAGCUCCUACGGCAACAUCCGCGCCGUCACCAGCGCCAGGAGCCUCAACAAGAGCCUGCAGAACCUCAGCCUCACCGAGGAGACUGGGAGCUCCGUGGCCUUUUCCCCUGGGAACCUGAGCACGAGCAGCAGUGCCAGCAGCACGCUGGGCAGCCCCGAGAACGAGGAGUACAUCCUGUCCUUCGAGACCAUCGACAAGAUGAGGAGAGUCAGCUCCUACUCCUCCCUCAACUCCCUGAUCGGUGUGAGUUUCAACAGUGUUUAUACCCAAAUUUGGAGAGUGCUGCUUCACCUGGCUGCUGACCCCUACCCUGACGUGUCCGACCUGGCCAUGAAGGUUCUCAACAGCAUUGCCUACAAGAUAAUGCAAGUGGGACUGGCCUGCAGACUGAAGCCACAACGGCUCUCCAACCCAGGUGAACUAGUACAUGUGAGUCAGCAUGCAGACCCCUGCCCCUCCUCACCCCAGCCCAGGCUGGGCAUCUCCCGGCUGGACGAUCAGAUCUUCCUCAACAGGAACCCAGGCGUGCCCUCCGUGGUGAAAUUCCACCCCUUCACCCCCUGCAUCGCUGUGGCUGACAAGGACAGCAUCUGCUUCUGGGACUGGGAGAAGGGGGAGAAGCUGGAUUACUUCCACAACGGGAACCCCCGGUACACGCGGAUCACGGCCAUGGAGUACCUGAACGGGCAGGACUGCUCCCUGCUGCUCACUGCCACAGACGAUGGUGCCAUCAGGGUGUGGAAGAACUUUGCAGACCUGGAGAAGAACCCAGAGAUGGUGACAGCCUGGCAGGGGCUNCCUGCCAGCCCCACCAACAAGGGGAUGCACAUCCACCAAGUGGGAGGGUCCCCUCCCACCACGAGCACCAGCAGCUCCAGCCUGACCAACGAGGUGCCCAAGCCGGCGGUGAGCCGGGAGCUGCAGCGCCCCAGCGUCACCAACGUGGGCGUCCAGUACACCCCCCACUCCCACCAGUUCCCCAGGACAAGGAAAAUGUUCGACAAAGGCCCAGAGCAGACAGCUGAUGAUGCUGAUGAUGCCGUGGGACACAAGAGCUUCAUCUCGGCCGCGGUGCAGACGGGGUUCUGCGACUGGAGCGCCAAGUACUUCGCCCAGCCCGUGAUGAAGAUCCCUGAGGAGCACGACCUGGAGAGCCAGAUCCGCAAGGAGCGGGAGUGGCGCUUCCUGCGCAACGCGCGCGUCAGGAAACAGGCGCAGAAGAUCAUCCAGAAGGGCAUCUCCCGGCUGGACGAUCAGAUCUUCCUCAACAGGAACCCAGGCGUGCCCUCCGUGGUGAAAUUCCACCCCUUCACCCCCUGCAUCGCUGUGGCUGACAAGGACAGCAUCUGGAGCAGGGAUGGUGGUGGACUGGGAGCAGGAGACCGGGCUGCUGAUGACCUCUGGGGACGUGAGGAUCAUCCGCAUCUGGGACACGGACCGGGAGAUGAAAGUCCAGGACAUUCCCACGGGCGCUGACAGCUGUGUCACCAGCCUGUCCUGUGACUCGCACCGCUCGCUGAUCGUGGCGGGGCUGGGCGACGGCUCCAUCCGAGUGUUCGACCGGAGGAUGGCCCUGAGCGAAUGCCGUGUCAUGACGUACCGUGAGCACACAGCCUGGGUGGUGAAGGCUUACCUGCAGAAGCACCCCGAGGGCAACAUCAUGAGUGUCAGUGUCAACGGGGACGUGCGGUUCUUCGACCCCCGCAUGCCCGAGUCCAUGAAGGUGCUGCAGAUUGUCAAGGGGCUCACGGCCCUGGACAUCCACCCCCAGGCCAACCUGUUUGCUUGUGGCUCCAUGAACCAGUUCACUGCCAUCUACAACGGCAACGGGGAGCUCAUCAACAACAUCAAGUACUACGAUGGCUUCAUGGGCCAGAGAGUGGGAGCCAUCAGCUGCCUGGCCUUCCACCCUCACUGGCCCCACCUGGCCGUCGGCAGCAAUGACUUCUACAUCUCGGUGUACUCGGUGGAGAAGAGGAUCAGAUGACGGCCCCAGGGGGGGCUCCUGUACAUAGAGAAAUCAUCGACUUGAAUGUUUCGUGUUGGCUGCUGCUGCACCCCGUAACUUGAACAUUUGUUCUUCUGACUUAGCUACUGAUGGGUUUGACAAGGGGAAGAGACAAUCUCCUGGUUUUGUUUUGUUUUGUUUCCCAGCUAUAUCCUCUCAAAGCUACAGAAAAGGAACAUUUAUUUUUGUUUCCAGAGGUUGGCUGCUCUGUCAGAACACGGCUCCUGAGCUCCAGAGGACUCGGAUGAGGCAAUGCCCUUGAGAAGGGUCUCGUUUUAGUCUCUGUUCCUUGUUUGGCUGCAGUGUGGGUUCUUCAAGGACUGUCAGGACUCACUGCAGCUCCACAGGACCCUCCAGCUGCUGCCAGCCCUGUGCCAAACCCACUGCCGGGCCAGGGCAGCCACCCCAGCGUGGGAUGAGCUGCCAGGGAGGCAGGGCAGCAUGAGCCUCCUCCUCCUCCUCCUCCCUGCCUGCACCUGCUCUCACAGAAAGCAAGGACAGAGGGGGCCUGGUGGCCUGGGCAGGCAGGGGUCCUGCAGGAGGGGGCUCAGGGAGGUGGCAGGAGCAGGGCAGGAUGUCCCACACCCUAAAGCUGCAUGUGAGGAUGAGGAGGGCAGAAAGGGAGCGAAGAUCUCUGACAUCCCAACGAGCCUGGAGCACAUCAGUGGUGUCACCAGCUGCCACCAGGCCCAGGGUGCCCGUGGGGAGCUGGGGGCACCUGGGGCACUGCUGCCACUGUCCCUGUGCCACCUGCACAGCCACCGUGCCCAUCCUGGGCUCUGUGUGCUCCCCAGGGCUGUGGGCACCAGGAGAGGCCAGGACUGGGCACCUGGAGCUGCUCACCACGGCUGGGGCUCCCCUGGCCCUGUGGGAGCAGGACUGGGAGCACCUGAGGAUGGUGAGGAGGAGGAGGAAGGCAGCUCCGAGCUCCCUCGUCCCAGCUGUCCAGGCAAGGCCUGCUCCAUCUCUGCACCUUCCACGUGUGAAUAAUGAAUGUUUUGUGCCCUGGGAUCCCUUCUGGGGCUGGGCAUGGGUGUGGGAAGGCAGAGCACAGCCAGGGGACAGGUUUCCUUGCAGAGGGGCAGAACUCACUGAGGGAAUUGCCAGUGUUCCCCCAGCAGUGCCACGGGAGCUGUGGGCUCCAGCAGGGUCAGGGAAGGGCUCAGGACCUUCUGUGAGUAAACUGGGGGGGAUGCAGUGAGAGAAGGGCUCAGAUCCCCUCUGUCCCUGUGCAAGAAGGGCUCAGAUCCCCUCUGUCAGUGAACUGAGGGGAUGCAGUGAGGGCAGGGCUCAGAACCCAUGUGAGCUGCCAGCUGUGCUGAGGGAACACAGUGAGGGAAGGGCUCAGAACCUUUUGUGAGUGAGCUGCCAGCAAACUGCCAGCUGUGCUGAGGGGGUGCAGUGAUGGAAGGGCUCAGAACUCUGAACUGCCAGCUGUGGUGGAGGAAUGCAGUGAGAGAAGGGUUCAGAACCUUCUGUGAGUGAGCUGAGGGAAUGGCUCAGAACCCCUCUGUCAGUGAACUGAGAGGAUGCAGUGAAGGAAGGGCUCAGAACCCUCUGAACUGCCAGCUGUGCAGAGGGAAUGCAGUGAGGGAAGAGCUCAGAACCCUUUGUCCCUGUGCAGGGGGAAUGCAUUGAGAGAAGGGCUCAGAGCCCUCUGUCCCUGUGCUGGCCAUGCCUGCCCCAUGCCCCCAUGCUGCUGCUGGCCCUGGCACCGUGUCCCUGUGUGCCCCUGUGUGUCCCUGUGUGCCCCCAGGCCCAGGGGGCUCUGCCUGGAGAGGUCCCCAAGCACACUUUGGGUGCCCCAGCACCAUCCCCGCCAGGGGUCACAUCCCAGGAUAACCAAUCAAAGGCUUUAAACCCCAAAACUACCUAAAACCCCCCCCUGUAAGUUACCCAGAGUUAAUUAUGGUCUAACAGAGCUGUGCCUCAUCCCGGGCUGCCCGCGGGGGUGGGAGCAGAGUUUGGGAUCUCACCUAACCCUUAACACUCACAGCUUCAGAAAAAAUGGAUUUUUAACUCGUAUCAGUGUGUUUGUGAAAGGAACAGGACAUUCCUGGCAGUGGGAGCUGCGGCUCCUGCCUGGCUCUGGUGCAGCCCCACGCCCAGGACGGGGAAUUUUAAGGAAUUUUUGGGCUUUUACCUGAGCAUGUGUGGGCUGUGCUUCCACAGGUCUGAUGCAGAGAUUCAAUCAUGGGAUCACAGAGUUUAACCAAGGGUCUGGAGAGCGUCCUACCUUAAAAGUUCACUUAUCUCUAUUUAUUUUACAAAAAUAAAGUUUAAAAAAAAAUAUAUAAAAACCCCCACACGAUUGUAAUGUGAGAGUAAAAACGAUUACAGACAAAUAAAUGGUUAAUAAAAAAUAAAUGCAGAAACA